UUUUCGAAUAUGAAAACAUAUCAUGGACUUUUUUAACCUGUACGAGCAAGGUAUUUUCAUAUUUACGAUUUUAUUUCUAUUAAUUAUUUUUAUUUAAUUUAUUUUUUAAAAGAGGACCCUAUGAAAAAUUUCUGGGUAGGCCACUGAAUAUAAGUCCGCCGGACACCCCUAAAUACCCGUCCGUCCGCCCCUGGUUUCACCAUCCUUACCUUCGGCCAGACUAAAAAUGUUAAUAGGCCAAGUUAUUAUAGUAUCAAUCGGCUGUCCAUACACGUGUGUGUUUUCGGCUGGUUUUCCAAAACCAAGUCGGUCAAUCGGCCUCCUAUAAAUCAAAACCCCAAUUACCCCUUCUCCUCAAUAGUUCAUUCCAAGCAAUCUGAAAUCUCUCUAAUCAGUCAGACCUUCGAUUCCAAGCUUUCUUCCCAGCCUUCUCAAGGUAACGAAUCCCGUCUUCGAUUUUCUACAGCUGUUCUGUUUUAUUCUGUUAUGAUUUUCUAGAUUGUAUUUCGGAUACAGAAUUUAGCUUCUUUCGUUCUGUUUGUCCGAUCGCCGAUCGGGGAUUUCUUGCUUUUGGAGAAUUAGGGUUACUUCUUCCUUGUUCAUUCGAUUGCCAUGUUUGAAUCUUUGAACUCUCCCGCUGUUAGAUCGGAGGCUGGAACUUUUUUUUGUAGCUAGGGUUUCAUUGAGCUGGUUAGAUUUCGGUUCCUCUGUUCUCCAAAUUCGAUUGUUGAUCUAGAUCUCUAGGCGCUGGAAUUAGGGUUCAUUGGCUCUUGUUAAUUCGAUUUCUCUGUGUGGAUCUCUGAUAUCCCUGUGUUAGGUCAAAGCCUAUGUUGGAAUUUGUUUGAAACUAGGUUUUUGUUGAUAAAAUUUCGAUCGGGGAUGCUGAAUUAGGUUUUUUCCUUGUUGGUUGCGAUUUUACAGAUGCAGAUCUUUGUUAAGACCUUGACCGGCAAGACGAUCACUCUCGAGGUCGAGAGCAGUGACACAAUCGACAACGUCAAGGCCAAGAUCCAGGACAAGGAAGGGAUUCCCCCAGAUCAGCAGAGGUUGAUCUUUGCUGGGAAGCAGCUUGAGGAUGGGAGGACUUUGGCGGACUACAACAUCCAAAAGGAGUCAACUCUUCACUUGGUUCUCCGUCUCCGUGGUGGCAUGCAAAUCUUCGUCAAGACCUUGACCGGGAAAACAAUAACCCUCGAGGUGGAGAGCAGCGACACCAUCGACAACGUGAAGGCUAAGAUCCAGGACAAGGAAGGGAUUCCCCCAGAUCAGCAGAGGCUCAUCUUUGCAGGGAAGCAGCUGGAAGAUGGGAGGACUCUGGCUGAUUACAACAUCCAGAAGGAGUCCACUCUGCAUCUGGUCCUUCGUCUGAGGGGAGGAAUGCAAAUCUUUGUGAAGACUUUGACAGGAAAGACCAUCACCCUCGAGGUGGAGAGCAGUGAUACCAUCGACAAUGUCAAAGCUAAGAUCCAGGAUAAGGAAGGUAUCCCACCGGACCAGCAGAGGCUGAUCUUUGCGGGAAAGCAGCUGGAAGAUGGGAGGACUCUUGCUGAUUACAACAUUCAGAAGGAGUCUACCCUUCAUCUUGUCCUGCGAUUGAGGGGAGGCAUGCAGAUCUUUGUCAAGACAUUGACCGGGAAGACAAUUACCCUGGAGGUGGAGAGCAGUGACACCAUUGAUAAUGUGAAGGCCAAAAUCCAGGAUAAGGAAGGUAUCCCACCAGACCAGCAGAGGCUUAUCUUUGCUGGCAAGCAGUUGGAAGAUGGAAGGACCCUGGCGGAUUACAAUAUCCAGAAGGAAUCAACACUCCACCUUGUCCUGCGUCUCCGUGGUGGCUUCUAAGGGGGUUGCUCUUAGCUGGUUUCUGCAUUGCUAAAGUUUUCUGGACUGUUGAAGUUUCUGGUUACUAGGAUUGGUUGAAUCCCAGUUUGCUGCUUUUUAUCUUAUUUUCAAGUACUAUGUAUGGCUUUGAACAAUGAUGUCGGUUGUUUUUGUUUUGUUGUCGAAUAAUGAAGUCGGAUGUAUGUUUUAUGUAUCUGCAGUGGAUUACCUCUUGCAUCUAUGCUGAUGCUUGCCUUUGUUGGUAUAGCGUGCUUGUGUACACCGUAUCUGUUCGCAUUAGAAUGGAGUAUGCCAAGCUUUAUAUCUGGUGCAGAUGAAUGUUCUAGGGGUUGUCUCUGUGCUCGGUGUCCCCUAGUUUCGACUUACAUUGGUAGGAAAUCGGUAGGACACCUAGUACUCUUAAAGCAAAAAAAAAGAUGCAGUCCUAGUUUAUGGUUGAUGAAAGCUAAAGAGAAAUGGUAGAGCUUUCAUAUGAGAACACUAAACCCUCAUCUCAGACAUCGACAUUGAUCAUGAACUUUGAUAGUGGUCGAAUCUUGGACCUAAACCAACCCAGUUAGGACCUAAACACUAAGCGAAAACUUGAAACUUGCAACCCUAACUAUCAAACCUGUACCAUAGUUUUGAGAUACUCUAAGAAAUAAACUUAUAUCCG